CCAACCAGGAGUUGUCUUGUCAGGAGGAUGACCUGCAGGACUGCACGAGUGUCGGUAGAGGGGAGGUUUGCAGCAUGAACCGAGUGAUUAUUCUGCAAUGGCCCAGGCUGUUUGCUCCCCAUGGGAUUCUCGGUCUGUCCACGACCUUGCUGGCAACGGGACUGGGCAGCUGUGCGCAGAAAGGCUACUGUUCAUCAAAAGUAAAUGAUAAGGAAGUGCUCAACGCAAAGUUAGCUGAUGAUGCAAGAAAGAAAUAUGGAAAUCAACCACCUACGCUAUUCUCAAAAAUUAUUGAUAAAUCAGUUCCUGCGGACAUCAUUUAUGAAGACGACCAGUGCCUAUCCUUUAGAGAUGUAAAUCCUCAGGGUCCAGUUCACUUCCUUGUGAUACCCAAAGUCCCAAUACCACGUAUUAGUGCCUCAACAGAUGAUGACAAAGAGCUGCUGGGUCAUUUACUGAUAGUGGCUAAAAACCUUGCAAAGAAAGAAAGGCUGACAGAUGGCUACAGAAUGGUGAUUAAUGAUGGAAAGAAUGGAGCACAGUCUGUGUACCAUCUACACAUCCAUGUCAUUGGAGGUCGUCAGAUGGGCUGGCCGCCUGGUUAGAAGAGAUAAAACUGGCCCCCACGUGAACUGAAUUCGUCCUUCCAUCGAUUAAAUUUUUUUUUUUGGAAGAACUUGCUAAAGAAAUAAAUAUGAGCAGAUUAAAAAAAGUCCUUUUUU